GUGUGUCACUGUGUGUGUGUGUCACGUGACCAGGCUCUACGUCACCGCGUGCUGGACGAGCGAGGGACCCCCGUCGAGGUCGCGACCUCCGUCGAGCUGAAGGGCAUUGUGGGUAACGAUGGCCGCCACUACGUCCUCGACCUCCUGCGGUGCUUCCCCUGUGACCUCAACUUCCUGCCACCACCCCCCCCAUCAGCAGCCUCCACUGGUGGUGAUGAUGAUGUUGGCGAUGUCGAUGAGUCGAUGUGGGAGCUUGCCCCGGCGUGCAUCCAGGCUGGCUUCCCACGGCCUCACCCUCACCGUCUGUGCAGCCUGCGGCCUGAGCUAGUCGAGGCCUUUGUAGAGAACAGGUAUCUACGCUUCAUGCAGAGUGCUGCUGUGAAGUUUGUGCAGCAGAAGGUGGACUCCAAGAUGGCCGCCGAUUCCAAGAUGGCCGCUGGGAAGGGGGCGGAAGUGGAGGAGGAUGUGGAGGGAGUGAAUCUGCGUAUCGUGAAGGAGGCUUGCCAGGAGGUUCACUCCCUCAGCGACUCCAAAUUCCAGAUACAGUUCAACCUCGACGCUUACUCACCAGGUGUUCGUUUCCCGCCCUCUGAUUUCCCGGCUCUCCGUGCUCAACGUCGUCUCUUUAGAGACGCAGCUCAGUUCGUCAUCACUCACCAGAUCCCAGCUCUGGUGAGUGACCUCACCUGCCCGUCCUCCGCGUCUCUGCCCCUGGACGGGGCCUCGCUGUUGCUGCUGCUGCACCAGCGAGGGGUGAACGCUCGAUAUCUCGGGGACGUCCUCAAGCAGAUGGGGAUGGUGGGGGGCACCGACCUCGGAGUGGGGGGCACCGGCGACAAAGUGGGGGGCACCAGCGGCCGUGGACACGCAGCAUAC